AUGUCUGCAGUAACUCCUGUCCAGACGUCGACGCAGCCCGAUAGUCUGCUAUGUUCUCUGCCACCCGAGCUGAUACUCGCGAUCCUGGACCAGUUGGACCCGGUCGCUUUGUUGAGGAUCAAAAGUGUCUGUCGCCUUUUCAAGACCUUAGUUGAAGAUACUGCAAACCUACAGUAUCACAUCGAGCUCGCAGCCAAUGGGCUAGUUGACGGCCCUCGAAGCGGCCUGAGCGCAACAGAGAAACUGGACAUGCUACGUAAACGCCAGACGGCUUGGGAUAAAUUAUUGUGGGUCGACCAGAAGAGGGUACCCAUGACCAAUGGGCAUCUUUACGAGCUUUACGGAGGAGUGCUAGCCCAAAGCUCGGGGCAGCGAUCCCUUGUGUUUAGACGUCUGCCGUCCCAUUUCAGGCGAAUCGAAGAACGUGUAUGGACCAUAGAGGACGUGGGUGUCAGCAUGCGUGAUUUUGGCAUGGACCCAGGUCAAGAUCUGCUUGUCAUUAUUGAGGAAGCCGAGGAACCCCACAAGAUGUGUCGCAUCCACCUCCGUAAACUAUCCACCGGCGGCCCUCAUCCAUCGACAUCUGACCCCCACAUUCUCCUCCACCGCCCAGUGACCCGCUUCCCAUCAUCCUAUAAUAUCCAAGUUUGCGGAGACUUCGUCGGCGUAUGCUUCAUGGGUGAGCUGGAAGUCGGGCCUGAACUAUCGAUAUGGAAUUGGAAGACACGUACUUUACAGAUGACACUGGACGGCCCAAUCUUCUGCUUUGCUUUCCUCUCUCGGUGUCACGUCAUCGUCAGCUUGGACACGAUGCCCACGCAAAGCCUCAGUGUAUACAACUUCGUUGAUCGCGAACACGGUGCCGUUACGGUGGAGGACGAGACGCAUACUUUCAAGUUCAUGUUCCCGCCGUACCGAAGUCCCCUUGCGCCAGUCGACAUUAUUGUACGCUGCGAUCCGUGCCCGGACUGGACAGCGCCUUCGGAUGUUCCCUUCUACGUUGCCCCCGAUAAUCGGACAUACGUCGUUACCCUCGUAUAUGACGUCCAGUUCGGGACUGUGGGCGUAUAUUCGCUAUUCAUCCCCGCAUCGACGUUCCUGUCACGACUCCCGCCGCCGCAAGGAUCGUAUGCUGCUAGUGUUAGCGAACGGCAGCGCGAUUUUGCCUGGACCGACUGGGGACCGACUGGCUGUCGCAUGCUGUCGUCCCUACGGUUAUCCCUCAGCUGGGUUUGCUGGGUAUACGGGUCCAAGUUCGUGAGCUGGGACAUGGGUGUGAGCCGAGGUACCCUGCUCAGGCCUAAGAUAUACGAUUUCAACCUGCGGGGGCUUCGCCGGUCCGAAUCGUCUGCGGAGAACAACGAGUAUGAACAUAUGAUCGGACAGGCGGACGGGGACCCUUUGGCUCUGUUCACGGAGUCUAUGAUUACGUCGUAUCCGUACAGGAUGAAGAGCACAUCGCUCAAUGUACCUGGGUGGACACCGACAGAUACUAAUAGCGUGAUGUUAAGCGAAGAUAGCAUAAUUCUUGUAUCUGCUGCAACUAGGAGGGAGUUCAUAAUACUGACAUUCUAAAGGCAGUGCAUACAUCUACAUCCCUCUCGCAGGAGAGCUGUACGUUACUGAAUAAGUAUAUUGGAGGACAAUCACAAAAGGCCAGUGGAGUCCGGGCUCAACUGAAUCCAUGCCUUCCUUGCUUCAACGUCUGCCACUUCGCCCUGGAUCAACAGAGAAUCGUUGAACGGUGCAAAUGGCUUUUCAUCGACGUCACAAAAUGUGUGCUUCUCUGCUGGUACCGUGCCGCCGACCAUAUACGCCGUGAUGAUGUCGAAAGUGCAAAACGAUUUCUGGCUGAUGGAGCAAUGGCCCCAACCAUUCUUCUGUUGCACUAGCCUAGCGUUGUUCCCCAGGCGGGUGUUGGCGUACUUAGCACUCGCUAAAGAAGUGACAGGAUCGAAUGUAUUUGAGAGUACGAGGAUCGGUGUAUCCAGUGCAUCGUCCUCGAGUUCAAACGUGCCUUCGUAACGACUGCGGCGGGGCGUCACGCCCUCCCAGACAUGGCAUAGAGAAAGCGGGAAAAAUUUG